CACGUAGGAAGAUUGAGGCAGUCCUAUGAACGACGUGGAGCCGUGCAAUAAACAGACGGUUUCGCAAACGAGUGGUGACAGGUGGCUAGAGUGCGGCCCUCGGCGUCUCUGAGCAUCUGCAGAGUGCCUUUCCACCGUCGGUACUCUGGCCUCAUAAUGGCUGCUUCAGAUGAGCUCAAGUUUCGUGAAUUUAAUGAAGCCAUGGAUUUGCUGGCUGGGAAUGCUGAUGCUACUACUCCUAGCAUUAGUGAGAGGCAAAGCCACACAACUCUAAACAUGUCUUCUAGCUGUAAUGAGGAAUAUGAGCCAGAUGAAGAGGAGGACAAAACUGAGCUCUUGAUCUUCCAGAAGAAGCAUUCCAGUUUCUGGACGUUUGAAUAUUACCAGGCCUUUUUCAAUGUUGACACAUACCAGGUGCUGGAGAGAAUAAAAGGCUCCCUACUUCCGCUACCAGGGAAAAACUUUGUAUGGCAUCACUUGCAGAACAAUCCUGACCUCUAUGGACCUUUCUGGAUCUGUGCCACAUUGGUAUUUACAUUAGCCAUCAGCGGUAACUUAUCUUACUUCCUGGAAAAAAGGGGGAGCUCCUCCUUCCACUACAGCCCUCAGUUCCACAAAGUGACUAUUGCAAGCAUAGUAAUCUACUGCUAUGCCUGGCUGGUACCCUUAGGUCUGUGGGGCUAUCUACAAUGGCGAAAGGGAGCCCAUGUCACCACUGAUGUGUAUUCUUUUCUAGAAAUGGUGUGCAUUUAUGGCUACUCACUGUUUGUGUACAUUCCUACUGCGGUUCUGUGGCUAAUCCCUAUCCCAUGGCUGCAGUGGCUCCUGAUCAUACUUGCAAUAGGGUUGUCAGGCUCAGUUCUGAUCCUUACCUUCUGGCCAGUUAUCCGUUCAGAUAGUAAGCCAGCUUCUUGUGCUGUAAUGGCCAUUGUUGUUUCUCUUCAUAUCCUCCUAGCUAUUGGAUGCAAGCUCUAUUUCUUUCAGAAACCAAGCAUCACAUCUUCUACUCCUAUUGCUUAUACAACUGCAACUCAACAGCAGAAGCAUACACCCUCAUUUACUGCAGCAGAGGGAAAAGGAAUCUGAUAACACCCUGCACUAGACUUUGAAAAAUAUGCAGACAUCGAUCUUGAAUAUCAAGUAUCAGGGAAGAGACACUCAAGACACCCUAUUCAAGAGACAUAAAAACCCUGAUCUGGAAGAGGAUCCUGCCAGUGGGCCAAGCAAAGUCAUACAUUACCAUUUCAAAAUUCGUUGUUUUGUUGCUGCCAGCCAGAGCUCACCAGCAAUUGGCCUGAUUUAGGAAGCAGCUUACACUAGAAGCCACUUGCGAGGCCUGGCAAUUCUAAGCAUUCAGAGCUGCUUUGGUUGAUGCAGCUGCCAUUUGCUCUGCUGUAGCAGGGUGGCCUGUUGCAAGAGGAGAGAAGAGAUGGGUUGCAUUAAGGCUUUAUCUCUUACAUCUUUCAGCUAAAUCCUAGGUCAAUUGCAACAGAGAAAAAAAGCAGGAAAAUUUAAAUGGGUGCAUUCCUGUGGGUUUAGCAAAUAAUUACUAUGCAAGUGAAGUUCUCAUAUAAGCCAAAAUAUCACUUAAAAUUAAUUUAACCAUUUAAUUUCUUUGGCAUGCAAGGCUAAUUUGAAUUAAACUAUCAUCUCUGGAAAGUA